GGUUUCCAUUGACGCGUUUCCUUGUGUUGACAAGCUCCCACUUUCUCUCUGUCUCCCUCUCUUUCGCUUUCCCUCGUUUGUUCUCUCGUAUUCUGAUUCAUCUUCUUACCUCCUCGAUCGUUAUUCCACUCUUCCUUUCUAUUAGGUACAGUGAGGUGCAGAAGUAUUCUCACUCUCUCAAUUCCUGGCCUUAGGCAGGUGGUAUCCUUUUAGGACAAAUGCCGGAGGGUUAUUAAACGCAAUUAAGGUUUCAAUUGAUUUCGAGUUCUUGAAACGUAACAACAAUUUAAAUAAAGUAGGAACACAGCUGUUCUAAGCACAGUUGUGGUGCUUAGGACGUUAAAUAAUCAUGACUAGGUAAAAACUGAGGAUUUUUAGUCAAACUAAAAUCCAUCUGUAUGAAUGGUUCGUUUAAAUCACAGCUGCAUGAUUAUAAAAUAAAUAUGUUCUUAACGACGCUUUGAUGAGGAACGGUAUUUUCCGGUGAAGAUUUUCCAGGUGUUUAAGAAGAUGAAAAUUUGCUGGCAACGAGCCUGGGGAGUGUGAAGGAUGAGCUAGAGUUUCAUAAUCCAGCCGAGAAGUUUCUGGACGGUAAUGUGCGAAGUGCGCUGUUGGGCGUCGUCGAGCAGCUGUAUGGGUCGUCUUCUAUCGACUCGUGCUGGCUAUAUUUGAUGAAAUUUCCUGUGCCAUCUCGUACAAGUGUGCCAAAGAUAAACAGGAGGGUCUAAUAGAGGGGCACACCGAACACUGACCGCAGUACAGACGCGCGACGUCUCGUCAACGUAUAGCACAGUGUCCCAGCGACAUGAAGUUUCUCGGAUAGGAGCACGCAUUUGCAUCGUCUCGACGAUCUGUGGUCGAAGCAGCUUCCUGCAACUUCGUUUUGAUGCAGAAGACCACCAGAUGAAGCCACGACCUCGGCAUUCUGAUUCGCGCGCGACUACUAUUUUGGCAUUCCCGAAUCGCGUGCCGGGAUCAUCCGAAAAAUUUGAAGGUGUCCACCGCAGAGUGGGGGAGAAAGGGCGGAGGGGGAUUAAAUAAGGCAUCGCCUUGUCCGAAAUUCGUCGAAUGUUCAGGUGAUGGAUAUAUAAAGGGACCCUGUGCACGAUACAUCGAGUCAGUGCAACGAGAAGCUCUUGUGGAAGAAUCACAUACCUUUUCAACCAGUAACCAAAAAAGACACGAGAAGCAUCGUCAUGAACGGAUUGGUGAUCGUCCUCUUCGCCCUCGCAGCCGUGGCGUCCGCGCUCUCUCCAAUCUCCGUGGAGGUCCCAAUCCCAAUCCUCAGACAGACAGCGGAAGGCCCCAACCCAGACGGCAGCUACAGCUUCAAUUAUGAAAGCGCGAACGGCAUCCAGGCCCAGGAAGUCGGCUUCCUGAAGGCAGCUGGCACCACUGCCGAGGCCCUGGAGGCUCAAGGUGGCUACACCUACACAGCACCCAACGGUGAGGUGGUCCAGGUGAACUACGUCGCCAAUGAGAAUGGAUUCCAAGCCCAGGGUAGCCACAUCCCACCCAUUCCGCCCCAGAUCCUCAGGGCUCUCGAAUACAUCGCCGCUCAUCCUGAAGAGAACGACCUCAGCUCUAAAUGAGCCGCCUAGACGUAUCGACCUCGAUACGGAAAGAAAGUCUCCAAGCUUCUUCAAGGUGGUUCCUGAGUCAAAACUUUCAGUGAAGAAGUCCUAAAGCACAACGGACCCGUAAAGCUUCGAAGUUCAACUUUCCGUUUCGGGGUUAUGCUUACAUUUAUACGAGUACCUUGAUAUCCACUUGUUAUUUCAUUAUUCAAAAUUGUAAGGAGUGUUGAGGAGGUUUUGUAAAUAAAGUGUAUGUUGAUACUUUUGUGUUGAUUACUGGAGAUGUUUUUGUGGAGGGAGUUUGUUGUGAAUCUUAAGAGGCUUCAGCUUGAGGGCUAGGUGAGUCUUUGUUUGUUGGUCUUUUA